CAACAGUGCCAAUAUAAAACAAUAAAACAUUUGUCCAAUAAACCUAAUAAACCAUUACAUUACCAAGCAGUACUGGGCUCUUUCAUUGCUCAGUGCCAUAGUUGUAUGCAGGGGCGGACUGACAACUCAAGGGGCCCCCAGGCAAUAGGGGAUCAUGGGCCCCCUGUGUCCUUGCCCAAACUCAAAAAAGCCUAUGAAAAAGGUACCAGGGGCAUCUCAUGGGGCCCCCUACUGACCCCGAGCCCUCGGGCAGUGCCCGAGUUUCCAAAUGGUCAGUCCGCCCCUGACUUAUCCCUAUGGAAAUAGUUGAAACAUGACAGUGUCCCAUCAGUAGAGCCCAAAAGCAACAAUGUCCCAUCAAUAGAGUCCAAACCUGACAGCAUCCCAUCUGUAGAGUCUAAACAUGGCAGUGACCCACCAAAAAGGGUCCAAACAUGACAGUAUCCCU